UCCGCAAAGAGAAAAGAGUGACUGAACUCUGACUGGAGGAGGGGCUCUCCCGGAACCACCCCGACAAGCUCCAGAAAGGGGCGUGGUCAUAUUUGGGGCGUGGCCUUAUGGGCAGCAGGAAGAAGUUACCUGUUGAAUCGUUCUAUCCAUUCUCUUUCCAACCCUUGUAGCUACCCCUAAGAGGGAAGCCGCAGACCAUAAGCCUUUUCCGAAAAAGAGACCCGUUGGCAGACUGUGUCUGGGGCACUCUCUCGGCCUCGGGAAGAGAAAAGAACGGGGGCGACUUUUCGGCAGCAAAGGAACGGCCUGUGUAGGCUUUCUCACGUCCGUGUUUUCCCUAACCCAAAACGAUAGAGCCACAUGGCUUCCACGGUCUGGGGGAGCGCUCCCUGGUGGGGCCCGCCUCCCCCAGCCCCAGCCCGGCCCCUCACGGACAUCGACUUCUGCUCUGGGGCGCAGCUGCAGGAACUAACCCAGUUGAUCCAGGAGCUGGGUGUGCAGGAGAGCUGGAGUGAAGGGCCCAAGCCGGGACCAGACCUCCUCCGGGCCAAGGACUUUGUCUUCUCUUUGCUGGGUCUUGUUCACCGCAGGGACCCCCGCUUUCCUCCUCAGGCAGAGCUCUUGCUGCUUCGUGGCGGGAUUCGCGAGGGCUCCCUGGAUCUGGGGCCUGCACCCCUAGGUCCCUACGCCCGGGGACCUCACUACGACGCCGGCUUCACGCUGCUGGUGCCGGUGUUUUCGCUAGACGGCACUGGGCAGGAGCUGCAACUGGAUUUGGAAUCCUGUUACGCAUGGCUCUGUCUCCCAGAGCAGAUAGGCGGAACCUCGGUCCGGGAGGCGUGGCAGGAUUGCCUAGGACCCCCAGUCCCAGGAGGACGUGAUUCGGCCCACCGAAUCGAAAGCGAAGGAAGUCCCAAUGACUGGCAAAGCUCGGUGGACCAGCCGCAUGGUUACAUCAGUGAGUCUGAGCCGCAGGUGUCUUUGGAAAAAUCACCUAGUAACGUUUCAGGGCCCGAGUCACCUGGGCAAGACGUAACCGAUCUUGGCUUUGCCGUACCAUCGAAAAAACUGAAUGGUGACGUCACCAAAGCAGCCGUCGUUAGCCCAGUCCCACAACCAGCGGAGGCUCCGGAGGCGUGGCCCACAUUGUGCCCCGCACAGGUGGCUGCGUGGUUCUUUGCUUCUCUGGUCGCGGUCGCUGAGUCCCUGUUCCCGGUCUCGGGUGCCCCGCGCUUGGUCCACGCAGCCCGACACGCGGGGUUCACCACUGUCCUCCUGGCUACGCCAGGACCCCCGCGCCACCUCCUGCUCUUCGACCUGAUCCCCGUGGUGUCCGUGGCCGGCUGGCCCGAGGGGGCUCGGAGCCACUCGUGGGCCGGCCCGCUGGCCUCUGAGUCGUCCUUCUACCUGGUGCCCGGCAGCGGCACAGAGCGGCCAGGCGCUUCGGGCUGGCAGCUCUGCUUCGCCCGCCAGGAGCUGGCGCUCAAGGCGCGCAUCCCCGCUCCGCUGCUGCAAGCGCACGCGGCGGCCCAGGCCCUGCUGCGCCCGCUGGUGGCCGGGACCCGGGCCGCCGCGCCCUACCUCCUGCGGACGUUGCUCUACUGGGCGUGCGAGCGGCUGCCUGCGCUCUAUCUGGCGCGCCCGGAGAAUGCGGGCGCCUGCUGCCUCGGGCUGCUGGAUGAGCUGGGCCGUGUGCUCGAGGCCGGGAUGCUGCCCCACUAUUUUCUGAGUGGCCGAAAGCUGCUCGCGGGGGACGGCGCCGCUGCGCUGCGCGGGGCGUUGGCCCGGCUCCGCGGGGACCCUACCCGGGCCCUGCGCGCAGCGGUGGAGGAGGCAAAGGCUGCACGCAAGGGGGGCGGCUUAGCUGGCGUGGGAGGCGGGGCCCAUUAAAGACGCUGCUCCUACCGGCGUGGAAAGUGCUUCUUGUUGGCCAGCAGAACGUGGAGGGUGACUGCUCGCCCCUCGCCUGGGAGACACAACUAGCGCCCUGCCCAAAGAUCCCGUUCUAGAAGGCCUCCUCGCCGGUUCCUCCCCAUCCUCCCACCCCAUUCUUGGCAUAGGUCGUUCCAUUCCGGCCUCUCUACAUUCCAAAUCUGUGCCCAGCAAUUUUCCCACUCCGGUCCAGCCUCCGGCAACCAUCUCCCCCUAGUUCUUAUGGUCUUUUCUCUUAGGAGUCAAUAGGAUGGGGGGAAUGUAUUUGCUGACAAAAGUGGAAAAGAGAGCGGUAUGGAGACCAGCGACUGACCAAUUUGGCUCACACAAAAGCAGAUAUUAAGGAGGCCGGAUUUCGCCCCAGGCUAGAUCUCACCACUACCUCUAUCUCUUCAGUUAUUGUCCCCAUUUCCCUCAUCCAGUUGUGAGCUCCCAUCCCGGGCUGUAGGGUCCCUUUCUCUAUUCUCGGGGCGUCCGCCAUUCCAUCUGUCUUAAGCCCAACCUCUCCCCCCAUCCAGGGUUCCGUUCAGUGGAGUCGCCUCCUUGUCCCUCCUCCUCUG